AUGAGCGGUCACAAGGCCGAUGCCAAGGCGCUGCUGGACGACCGUGGAUACUCUGGCCCUCUGAUCCGCGGCGAAAACCCAGCAAACCUGAUCGAGAAGCCGCUCCAAGACCGCAUCACCGAGACAUAUUAUUGGAAGGAGCAAUGUUUCGCAUUGAACGAGGCAUCGCUUUGCGAUCGUGCUGUCGACAUGAAUUUCAUUGGCGGUACGUAUGGACAACAGAAGGCCUCGCCAUUUCUAUGUCUUGUGUUCAAGCUGCUACAAUUGCAACCUGAACGGGAGAUUGUCCUCUAUUACCUGCAUAAUGAGGAGGGAUUUAAGUACCUCACUGCGCUCGCUGCAUUCUAUAUCCGCCUUACCUUUGAGCCUGUUGAAAUCUACAAGGCGCUUGAACCCCUUCUCUCAGACUACAGAAAGCUGCGACGGAGAAGAAACGAUGGUUUCAUGAUAACACACAUGGAUCAGUUCAUUGAUGAUCUUCUCACGAAAGACCGCAUGUGCGGAACAACACUCUGGAAACUACCCAAGCGACAGCUGCUGGAAGACUUGGAAUUGCUAGAUGAACGUGUCAGUCCGUUAGCAGAUGAGAUCGAGGCAAUCGAUAACGAAAAUGAUGAUGCGCGGGAAGGCGAUGAAAGCCGAGAAGGAAGCGAUUAUGAGAGGAGAAAUGGCGCGAAUGGACGAUCACGGUCGCGCUCAAGGUCAUCUGAGGGAAGAUGA